AUGACGGUCAGACGCUUCAACUCUCUGCUGCUGCUCGCUCUGCUCACAGUCAGUGGAUCCAGCAGCAGGAAGGUUGUUGGUCGAGCAGGUGAGGACGUCACUCUGCCCUGUAGAUAUGACAUCAAGAGUAACGGACCAACAGCAGUCUGUUGGGGUCGAGGAUCAAUACCAACUUCAGGCUGCAACAACCAGAUCAUCUCCACAGACGGAUAUAAAGUGACAACCAGAGCUUCCAGCAGGUAUCAGUUACUGGGACGACUGGAGGAUGGAGAUGUUUCUCUGAUGAUCCUGAAGACCACAGAGGAAGAUGCUGGACGGUACGGAUGCUUAGUGCAGAUAGCUGGUUGGUUCAAUGAUGAAAAACAUCACAUUGAUCUGACCAUUGAGAAAGCUCCGUCGACCUCGUCAACACCAACCAAUGAAACAACUGAACGGACUCCACAGACAGAACAGACGAUAAACACAUCAGGUCAGGUGACUGCUACAACUUCCUCAACCAGCAUUGACUCUGAGCAGCAGCAGCAGGAGGAUGAGAAAGGGAAGAAUCAGACAGAUAUCAUCAUUCUCUUUUGCGUUCUGAUCGUGUUGAUCGCUUUGGUCGCAGCAGGCGUCGCCAUUAGCAGGAGAAGAUGGAACCAACAUAAAAUCCCUCAGCAGCAGCAGCAGCAGCAGCAGCAGCAGGAGGAGCCGGAGCUGCAUUACAGUGUGAUUCAGUUCAACUCUGUCCCGCCGGCUGUGGAGCUCCAAAAUCAAGGUCCUGCAGUGGAGAACAUCUACCAGAACCACAGCACUGGUUAUGCUGCUGGCAACAGCGGCUGUAUGUACGAGGUUUGACUCUGAGGCGUGAGAGGAGAGAAACCAACUACGAGUCCCAGAGGGCUUUGCUGCAAGAAACAUCCAAUCAGAGAGCUUCAGACGGCGUCCACGUCAUGUGAUGAUGGAGGAUGUUGAUGACCUGCAGGCGUUCAGGUCAUGAAGACGACUGCUUGGUUUUUAUAUUUAAU